GAAGAUACGCUUUGAAAACAAAAAAAGCCUGAAAAAACCUAUCUAAUCUGUUUUUUUAGGUCUUUUUUUUACACGUGCAUUAUAGAUGUCCACGGUCUGCUCUUCUGGGCGUUACAUAAAUAGUAAAGGUUAAUUAGUUAGUUGAGAAACUGGAUCGGGGCGGGCGGUCCGAACUUGAUCCAUACUCAGGUAACUCAAGCAAUCCCUUUUGUCAGGGCAGUCGGGCCUAUAUAAACCCACCUGGACGGACUGGAGGCACCACAUCGCCUCACCUCAGCUGGAUCACUAACCUGGAGGGAAACUUCUGAACCUGAAGGAGUAAAAUGUCCAUGUCAUCUGUCCUUUCUCCUGAUGCCAUUGACAAGGCUAUCAAGGACUGCCAAGCUCCUGAGUCCUUUGCGGCAAAGAAGUUUUUCCAGACAUGUGGCCUCUCCUCAAAAAGCCCUCAGGACAUAAAGACGGUUUUUGGGCUCCUGGACAACGAUAACAGCGGAUUUAUUGAAGAAGAAGAGCUAAAAUUUUUCCUCCAGCGGUUCUGUCCUGCGGCUCGGGUCCUGACAGAGAGGGAGACCAAGGCCUUCCUGAGCUUAGCUGAUGAUGACGGUGACGGUCAAAUUGGAUCAGCAGAAUUCCAAGCUUUGGUCUUGUCCUAAACAGCUGAGAGUCUCCAUCUUGAUCCAAACCCUCCCCGCCACCCCUCACUGAUGGCUUCAAGGGCUCUCACUUUAGUUUGUCACAUUUCAUCCAAACAGCAAAAAAAAAAAAAAAAAAAAUUAAAAAUAAAUCGAAUGAAACCUUCACGUUGUUCUAAUCGGUUUGCUAAACCCGUUCCAGUCCUCUGAGAUCUCCAUGGCUGACGUGUUUUGGACCAGUUUUAAAGCUGUAUAACCCAAAGAAAUGUAACUAAAUUAAUGAGAAAUUAAAAGCGUAGAAACCCA